AUGCUCUCCUACGCGGCCCUGGCGGGCCUGUGCGCCCUCCGGGCCGGAUCCAGGCCCCCAGGCCUCUCCCCUCUUUCAAGAUGGCCCCCCUGGAUCCCAGGAUCGGUCCCUCCGGGCCUCCAGCUCAUCCCGCGCGCUCGAUCGGCGGUGACCAUCGCGGGCGUCGCGCGGCGAGCAAACGGUGGCGGGGUGGUGAUGAUUGCCAGGCGGCUGCUCGAUGAGUACAAGCGCCUUUCCAAGGCCAAGCUGAGCGCGCUGGUGACGGCCACGGCAUGCACUGGGUACGUGCUGGGCAGCGGGGAGACCGUGGACUGGGCCGGACUGGGUUGGACGGCGUUGGGGACCAUGGGCGCCGCGGCGUGCGCCAACGCGCUGAACCAGAUCGCGGAGGUCAGGAGCGACGGGAUGAUGGCGAGGACGGCGUCGCGGCCGCUGCCGUCGGGGAGGAUGGCGGCAGGGCACGCGCUGUGCUUCGCGGUGGCGGCGGGCGCGGCGGGGAUCGUGAUCCUGGGGUGGAAGACCAACGCCCUGACGGCCGGCCUGGGCGCGGCCAACAUCGCCCUCUACGCCGGCGCCUACACCGCCCUCAAGCGCGUCACCCCCUGGAACACCUGGGUGGGCGCCGUGGUUGGCGCCAUCCCCCCCCUCAUGGGCUGGGCUGCUGCCUCCGGCACCCUGGACUCCGGGGCCUGGGUCCUGGCCGCCGCCCUCUACUUCUGGCAGAUCCCACACUUCCUGGCCCUGGCGUGGCUGUGCAGAGAGGACUACGCCCGCGCGGGGUACAAGAUGCUGUCCAAGUACGACCCCACGGGGCGCCGAUUGGGCCAGUGCGCCCUCCGCAACAGCCUGUACUUGCUCCCCCUGGGCGUUGCGGCCGCGUGGCUGGGCGUGACGAGCCAGCCGUUUGUGUAUGAAUCCGCGGCCCUGUCGGUGGGGAUGGGCGUCACGGCGGCGGCCUUCUGCGAGGCGCCGUCCAAGCUGCUGGCGCGGGCGAUGUUCAAGUCCAGCCUGGUGGCGCUGCCGUUGUUCAUGGCAGGGAUGCUGGCGCACAGGGUGCCCAACGAGGGGCGAUCGGACUGGAGGGUGCUGCGGCACAGGGCGACUGGGGGACUGUACCCGCUGCCAGUAACCGCCUCCGGGGCGGCCCUGCCUGAGCGGGAUGGGAGCUGGGAGUGCAAUCUGAGGGCGGUUCAGGCGGCGCCUUUCCCCUUUGCGCCCCUUCCAUUGAUCGAGGAUGUGGGCGGGGAGGAGUGGGAGGCGGAGAGCAAGGGGGAAGGGGAGGGUAGAUAG